UCCGGAGCACGACCGAACCAAACCCACCACUAUAAAAUCCUCUCUACAUUUUUUUCCAUUCCCGAACCACGGUUUCUUCUUCUUCUUCUUCUUCGUCGGAGCAUCUUCCUUCUCGAUUCCGAUCGCCGGAUUGUAUCGGAAAAAAGCGGCACUCAAAAUGGCCAAUGCAGCAUCGGGAAUGGAUGUGCAUGAUGAUUGCAAGCUGAAGUUCUUGGAGCUCAAGGCCAAAAGAACRUAUCGCUUUAUCGUGUUUAAGAUUGAGGAGAAGCAAAAGCAAGUUGUAGUAGAGAAAGUCGGCGAGCCAACACAAAGUUAUGAGGACUUUGCUGCAAGCCUUCCUCUGGAUGAAUGUCGUUACGCUAUCUACGAUUUUGACUUUGUUACCGAAGAGAACUGUCAAAAGAGCAGAAUCUUCUUCAUUGCCUGGUCCCCUGAUGGUUCAAGAGUCAGAAGCAAGAUGAUAUAUGCAAGCUCCAAAGACAGAUUCAAGAGAGAGCUGGAUGGCUUUCAGGUUGAGCUGCAAGCAACCGAUCCGACCGAGAUGGGUCUYGAUGUCAUUCGAAGUCGAGUUGGCUGAACACUAUGUUCUGGCAUUAACGCCCAAAUUCGGCUAAAAUGGUAUCAAUUUCCCUGCACAUCUUCCUGGUUUUGUGKUAUAUAGUGUGUUUCGGCCCUAUGUUCUAAAAAUGGCCUUCUGUAUGUGUUCAAGCUAAUAAUACGUUUCUUAGUUGUUUGACAACAUAUAUAUGUAUAAUUUUACCCUUUAGUGGGAUACUGCGGCAGGAUGUUAUCAGAAUCCAGCUGCUCUUCUGCUCGUACUCCAUAGAUCAGUAUACAAGAGGAGUGAAUAUUUUUGUAUCUGUGAGCAAUGUGGCUGUAAUUUUUCUGUUAUUAUUGUUCCUGUUCUUCUUUAGUAGCAAAAAGGUUUCUAUUUUCUUGGACUGGAA